GCAGCAUAAUUAUAUAGAUUGUUGAAGAUGGAUGUAAAAAACCUGCACAACAGGGACGUCUUACGCCACAAAUGGGACUUCAUAGAUCCUCCACAGAAUGAGUAUAUCUGUGGAUACUGCAAGGAAGUUAUGAGAAUGCCAAUGUUAACCGAGUGCUGUGGAAAUCAUUUCUGUGCACCUUGCGUAGAAAAAUCUUAUGGAAAUGAGUAUGAGUGCCCUAAAUGUGAACAGGAUAAUAUCACUGCUAUACUUGACAAACAAAAAUGGGGGAAAAUUCUCGAACUUGAUGUGAAAUGCCCGUUUACUAAUCGAGGCUGUCUUUGGACGGGAGAGCUAAGAGCACGAGGAGCUCAUCUUGACUCAUCCAAUGGAGAUUGUGAAUACCUUAGAACCGUCUGCGUAAAUGGAUGCGGAGAAAAACUGGAGAAAAAUGAGGUGGAAGAACAUUUGGAGCUUCUAUGCCCAUAUCGACUAGUCACCUGCCCUCACUGCAACGAGAAAGAUAAAAAGGAGGUGAUCACUGGACAACAUAAAUCCGAGUGUUCCCAGCUGCCCGUUGAUUGCCCCAACAGCUGUGGAGAGCGUGACAUCAAAAAAAUGUACUUGCAACAACACUUUGCAGAAUGUCCAAAAGUAGUAGUUGAGUGUGAUUUCCAAUGUGCUGGCUGUACAAAUCAAGUAGAGCGAGGAAACUUACUUGAACAUUUAAAAGAAGAUGCACAGACCCACUUAUCGCUUGUAACGAGAUUGUUUGCAGAAGAAAUUGAGAAAAAAGAUGAAGAAAUUGUACAAUUGGUGAAAAAACAAGAAAUAAAUUUUAAAAGAUUAAGGGAGUUGCACACACAUCAGCUCAAGAAUAAAGAUAGAAUAAUACAAGAGUUGAAGGAUCAAUCAGAAAAACAUUUUAAGGAUUACAAGAAACUCAUUGAACAACGACUAGAGAAGAUAACAAACAAUUUCAUGGCUAGAUCAAAGAAUCUGGAAAGUAACUCUAAAAAAUUGGAUGAUGUGCCUGUUCAACAAGAUACAAAUCUAUUACUGACUUCAAUACUUUAUAGCAAAAGCACAAGAGAAAUUUGGAAAGGCACAUAUAACGACAAGGAAGUUGUAAUCAAAAAGGAACACUUGUCAACUGGUUCUACUAAACACAUUUUGGUAGAGGCAGAUAUUCUGAAGAACCUUAAGCAUGAAAAUAUUGUUCAACUGUACGAUUUAUUUGUAACAGAAGAAACAGUGUGCAUGAUUUUGGAGCUGGUACCAAAUGGAAAUCUGCAAAACUACGUGAGAACAAACCCUCUCUUACUGCACCAGCAUGUAUUGAUAUGCAAGCAAGUAGCACUUGGGCUUGACUAUCUCCAGCAAAAACUAUGUAUGCACAGAAAAAUACAAGCUACUAAUGUACUCGUAGGUGAAAAUGUCACAUGCAAACUGAGCGAUUUCGGUUCAGCGGUAAAGCUUGAUGAUUAUGAGCAAACUGUCAGUACUCAAGGUUUUAGGGCCCCAAUAAAAUGGUGUGCUCCAGAAACGUUCAUUGAACAGUACCAAUCCUUGAAAUCAGAUGUAUGGUCGUAUGGAAUGUUAAUUUGGGAAGUUAUAACAGGCAAAGAGCCAUUUUCAGACAGUACAAACGAUUCAGCCAUACAGAGAAUAAAAACAGGACUCCUAAUGCCUCGACCUGAAAAUUGCCCAGAGACAUUCUAUGACAUCAUGCUGGGUUGCUGGAAACAAGAACCCCUAACUAGGCUAGCAUUUGAAGCAGUGGCUGACUUACUCGAUCAUGUCAAAGACUCACACAAAUACACAAACACGCACUAGUAUAGAGUAACUAUUGUAGUUUUUGCUCAUGUAUACUAUUAGCCUCGGUCCCAGGCUGAUUUUUUUUUAAUAGAACGAAGUUGUCGCCCUAGCUAGAAACAACUCGGCCUGGAAUCGAGGCUAGUAUACUACUGAUAUGAACAGUAAGUGAUACUUAUGUCAAGGGUGUACAAG